CCAACUAGGGGAGUUAAGCGAAGAUGGUGGCGCGCGUGGCGUGCUGCCCCCGGCCUCUGCCUGUCUUUUCGUGGCGCGCGCUGGCGCUGGCGCCCAGGAGCGCGAACCCCGACGCGAAUUCCCGCCGGCUCUGACCCCGCGCCCCCGCGCGCCGCCUGCCCGGCCCGGCAUGCCCCGCGCCCGCAAGGGACACGCGCCCCGUAGGGGAGGACAGCGCCGUGGUGGGGGAGCUCGGAGCAGCGCCCAGGCCGACUCUCCCUCCAGUGAUGACGAAGCGGCGAGUGAAGUGUUGAGUCACUACAGCAGUACAAGUGAGGGUGCUAGCAUUGCCGAGGAGAACCUAGGCAAUGAAGUGGUGGACGAACAGGCCCAGCAAGAGGAGCUGGAGGAGAAACUCAAGGAACGCAUCGACGACGUGGCCGACAAAAGUGCCAAGACCAGGCUGGGUGCUCUGGAGAGCCUGCGCCUGGCAUUCUCCUCUCGGGUGCUCCUGGACUUUCUGUUGGAGCGGCGCCUCACCCUCACCGACUCCCUCGAAAAGUGCCUCAAGAAAGGGAAAGGAGAAGAACAGUCUCUUGCCGCAACUGUGCUGACCCUCCUGUGCCUUCAGAUGGGCUCGGGGCCGGAGGGGGAGGAUCUCUUCCGGAGCCUGCGGCCCCUGCUCAUCAGCAUCCUUACAGAUACCUCCGCCAGCCUUGGAGCUCGGCACAGUUGUGCCACAACCCUUGGGAUGUGCUGUUACAUUGCUGCUGAUGAUGUGGAGGACCUCAUCUCAUGUCUAGCCUGCCUUGAGGGCAUCUUCACUGGGGCCUGUAGGGAGGAGUCCUCUUCCACCCCGGCCCCCCUUCAGGCCCUGCAUUGCUGUGCCCUCCAGGCCUGGGCCUUACUCCUCACAAUCUGCCCUGGCUCCCACAUCAGCCGGGUUCUGGACAGCCAGCUGCCGGAGCUGCCCCAGCUCCUGUCCAGUGACAGCGUACACCUCCGCAUCGCAGCUGGGGAGACGAUCGCCUUGCUCUUUGAGUUGGGCCGAGACCUAGAGGAGGACUUCCUGUAUGAGGACACCGACAGCCUGUGCAGCACCCUCCGUGCCCUGGCCACGGACAGCAACAAGUACCGCGCCAAGGCCGACCGGCGCAAACAGCGCUCCAUCUUCCGGGAUGUGCUGCACUUUAUUGAGACUGGGGAGUGUCAGGAAGAGACAAUCAAGUUUGGACUGGAAUGUAUGUAUGUGGACAGCUGGGCCCGCCGCCGGACGUAUGCGGCAUUUAAGGAGACCUUGGGCUCCGGGGUCCUCCACCACCUGCAGAACAAUGAGCUGCUUCGAGACAUCUUUGACCUGGGGCCGGUGCUGGUGCUUGAUGCUGCUGCCGUGAAGGCCAGCAAGAUUUCCCGCUUUGAGAAGCACCUCUACAAUUCAGCUGCCUUCAAAGCCCGGACGAAAGCGCGGAGCCGUGUCCGGGAUAAGCGUGCGGACGUGCUCUAAGCUCGGGGCCUCCCCUGGCCCUGGGGCUGGGUGAGGAGGCUGCACUCAUCCCAGUUUUUAGAUAGAAGAAUAAGGCCACAACCUUCUACGUCAUGUGGCCUGGCUCCCUGGGGGCCUUCACUUUAUUUUUUUAAUGACAAACCAAAUAGGGGGCUUGGGGGGGCGGGGCUGCCAGCACCAGGCUCCCCUCGCCCCACUGCCCUCAGCUCCCCUUUCCUUCAGCCCCUCCCUUCAGCCCCCUCUCCUCCCUCCCCUUCACCCAUCUCUCCUGCUGGGCCAGGGUUUGAUUUGGGCCCCGGGGACAUCAAUUACCUUCUGUGCCUGACUGUCCUCAGGGGGUGAGGGAUUGAUGCCACAGUGAUGUCAAGGAAGGAGAGAACCCCAAAAGUCCCCAGGCUGAUGAGUAAAUGGGGUGGGCAGAGAUCCUCUACCUCUUCUCUGCCUGCUCUUCCCCCUGAUCGACUCUGGCUCCCUAGGAGAGAGCUGGAUGGUGUAAGUGGAGGUGCUGGGACGCUCCUCUUCCUCCGGUCCUUAACACAUACUCAGUACGUUCUCCACCCUCCCACACCUCAGCAGGGAAGGGGGCUUUCUGGAAUGUCUAUCUAGAUGUGCUGGUUUUAUAAGAAGAUGAAUAUCAGAGAGAAUUAAAAGAGACCAUACAUA